AUGGCUGGAAACAGAAACGACGAACUAGCCAUGUCCGACUCAUGGGUCGAACCAGCGGGACCCAUACAGCCAUUCACCGUGAAGUGCUCAGCUCUCGAUAAUCUCACCGCUUCAGUGUAUCCUUCACCUACACAUUUCUUUCCUCUAAAACCAGGAACCGACGCCCGACAGCUCUACGAGGACUGCAAGAAAGGCCUCUCCCGAUGUAUAUACGAGCAUCCGCACCUCUCUGGCAUUAUCAGAAAGGACGAAACUGGACGUUGCGCCAUUAAGACUAGAGAAGCACCGCAUGCCGGCACAAACUUCUGGUAUCGAGACCAUCGUCACGAUGCAGAUGUUCCUUCUUACCAAGAGCUCAAGGAUAACGGGUGGCCUUUCGGGGAUGGCGAAGAAGAUGGCCUUAGCAAGCUCCGACCACAAGACUUCCCCUACGUUCAAGACGGCGAUCCUAUAAUUGCACCUCAGUUUAAUGUCGUUAAAGGCGGUAUAGUCUUGACCAUGUCCAUCACGCAUGUGAUUGGUGACCUCGUACAGUUUAUGGACUUCCUCAGGUCUUGGUCACAGAACACGAGUGCGAUAGCGACUGCCAGACUUAACGGUCAACCUGUACCUCCACUCCCCCAGCAGAUAUCGUCGGACUUGAUGGAUCGCUCCCUCUUGACACCUGACGUGGGUAUCGAGGAGGAUCUUGAAAAGCUGGCAACUCGUGCGGCGAAGCUUCCCCACCUCGACAUGCUCGACCCUCGACGCCCGGAAGAUGUCGCGGAGAAAGUGUCAAACCUCUUCACAAAGGCACGUCUGACUAAUGACGAUCUCGUGAGGUUUACUGAAGAUGAACUCCGCACAAUGUCUUGUUCUGUCUGGACCUUUUCGCGGUCCUCAAUAAAGCAGCUUCAGCACAUGAUCCAAGAGGUCUUGCCUGGCGGCUCAAAAGUGUCGUCUACGGACUGCUUGACUGCUUUCGCGUGGAACCGAUUCUUCGUAUCCAAAUAUGCUCCUGGUUUAUCAGGUCCUGAUCCUCUACCUGAGACUAGCAAGAUAGUCUUUGCUGGAAACAUCCGCCGUCGGUUAACGCCCCCUUUACCCAACAACUACAUGCCAGCCUGUGUGGAUUUGUUCCCCGUGUCUGUGAACACCAGCGACUUUAUCUCGCCUGACCCCAAGACUCUGGCCCAAGCAGCAAUGGCAAUUCGCAACAGCAAUAGCACUUGGAGUGAGGAGACGUUUCGGGACAUGCUCGAGAUAGCCCAUUCACAUCCUGUCAAUCCAGGUCUGAUACCUAAAGGACCCGUCGAUGCACUUGUCACGGAUCAUACACGAGCAAGUGCAGCUAUGCUGUCGAGUUGGGGUCCCGAGCUCGGUACUUGCGAGGCCUUUAGAGAGCCUUAUCUUGGAAGGAUUCCACCUCAUGGGGAGAUUACACUCUUGCCUCGAUGGAAUAAUGGUAAUGUGGAGGUUAUGUUUGCUGGAGAGGCUGUUGUGAUGGAACGGUUGAGAAGCGACCGGCUUAUGAGUCAGAUGGCUACUUGCCAGUUUGUCAUGGGUGAUCCUAGGUUUGAAGUUACUCGUGGAUAUUCUAUUUACAACGCUGGCUUGGCGAGGCUGCUCUAA